ACCAUGCAUGGAUCGCAAGUUGUAAUACUGCUUUCACUUUGAGUUGAAUAGGGGUGUAUUGCUAGUUUCUUGGGGUUGAAAAAUUGUGAGAAGACAAGGAUCAUGGCUGGUAGGAAAAAGGUUCAAUCAGCAUACUAGCUUUACAUCCACAAAGGUCUGAGGGUAAAAAGAGCAGCUAGCUUUUGCUCCCUUGUGACUGAAUUAUGAACUACGGCACACCUUGUCUCCAGUCCCACCAAAUUAUGGAUGUAUAACCAAUCAUGAAUGCAUCCCGGAUCCUUUUUCUUGAUGGAAAUUACUGGCUAGCCCUUCGUGGAGUCGAUGUGGGCUGUUCUGACUGGGUCGAGAGAGCAUUCGUCCGCAGCAUAUAACUCUCUUCCAGUGCAUAAUGCUGAACUUGGACAAGCAACUAGCAAUGGCGUUGUAGGCACUACUUUCCAACCAUGAGUCAAGAAAAAAAUCUUCAUCUUUCACUAGUCCUUCUCAAGACAAGUGAUCUUAUCCAUCUGGAGUGACGCUUUGCUUUGUAGUUUUUCAGGAAAUGUAAAACCUAAACUGGAGAGGAUGAAAAACAUGAAAGGAAGAAUCCUUAGGAAGCUGAAAGAAUCCAUUCACACGCCUACUUGGAGGUCAGGCUUAGUUUUUCAGACAAACACCCCACCUCAAGCCUUUCAGACCUCAGAUAUCAGCAAACAACAUAAGAACCAAGCCGAAACUAUAUUGGAUGUCCAAGAAGAGAAGUUGGCUUUGGUGCAUAAUGCAGACAGUGAAGAAAAGCUUGUACCCUCCAUAAGAUCGAAAGAGGAGUGCUUACACGCCUGUGAGUCGAAGCCUGAUGAAAUUGGUGCUAUUUCUGAUAUUUCGUUGGAGAUUUCUGCAUCAGCUUGUCUUUCAUCGGUAGUAGAAAUGGAGAGCACUUCUGACUCCAUCCCACCACCUCACGUCAAGCUGGGAGCAACGGGCGAUCACAUAAAUUGCGACAGAAUAGACUGUAAAGAUAAGCUCCCGAUGAUAUAUGAUUUCGAAGACAGGUGUCCUCCAGGAGGAAAAGACUCCCUCGUACUAUACACCACGAGCCUAAGGGGAAUCAGGAAAACGUUCGAGGACUGUAACACAAUCCGGUUUCUGCUGGAAAGUUUUCGGGUGGUGUACUCAGAGAGAGAUGUAUCCAUGCACUUGGAGUACAGAGAUGAGCUCUGGAGAAUCCUAGGCGGCAGAGUGGUCCCUCCGAGGCUGUUUAUAAAGGGCAGAUACAUUGGAGGAGCCGAUGAAGUGGUGGGCUUGCAUGAAAACGGGAUGCUGCAAGAUCUCUUACAAGGGAUACCCUUAAGUCCAUCAAAUACUUGUAGAGGAUGUGCAGGAAUGAGAUUUGUCCUAUGUUUCAGCUGUAACGGUAGCCGGAAAGUGAUGGCUGAAGGGGAAAACAGAGGAGGGAUAUCCAUAAGAUGCCCUGAUUGCAAUGAAAAUGGACUGAUUAAGUGCUCAGUUUGUAGCUAGAAAUUAGAAUUAAUUUUUCCAGCUUUUUUGCUUUCUUGAAUCUUGUAAAUUGGUUUUUAAUGUCUCUGUGGUAGCUAGCUCUCCAGGUUUAGUUCUCUUUAAAUGACCAAAAUCCAGGUUCAUGUGCUCCAAUCAUGAGUACUCGCAUUAACUAGUUCCCAGCCUGGUUUCCAUUUUCAAGAAUCAGAUUUUCCUGAAGACAUGAUGGAAAAUCAGCCUAACCUUUCUGUAGAAGUUGAUAAUUGUAAGAUGAAGAAAAAUUCAGGCUCCCUA